ACCACAAACUGUGGUCUUUUUUAGUAAAAAAAAAAAAAAAUCUUUGUUCUUUCUGGACUGACUGAUGAUUGCUCUGUUGUGAGGCCUUUUUUAAUUUCAUCCAUCCAACAAUUCUAUCACGGACAACAAAACGUUUCUAGUCUUACCCAACACGGGUACAAAAGGUUUCUGGACUCAUCCAAUACUCAGUCCUCAAAGGAAGGGCGGUGGAAACGUUUCCCUCGUUUUAUUUUUUUCUCCUGGGGAUUACAUUUCUUAAAUCGAAGCCACUUUUGGUGAUCAUGGCUGCUCUUUCAGUGUGGUUUUGGAACGAGAGGUUUUGGCUCCCACAUAAUGUGACAUGGGCGGAUCUUGCAGACCCAGCGCCCGGAGUGGAGUAUCCAAAAGCCGGGCACUUACUCUCUGCCUUACCGUUGGCUGUGGGGAUCUUUGCUGUCAGAAUACUAUUUGAGAGGUUCAUAGCCAGACCAUGUGCCUUCCUCUUGCAUAUCCACGCUGCCUCAGUCCACUGGCGAGCCACACCCAACCCUGUCCUGGAGAAGGUGUUCACAUCCAUCACAAAGUGCCCAGACUCGCGACACCUGGAUGGGUUAUCUAAGCAGCUGGACUGGGAUGUGAGGAAGAUCCAGAGAUGGUUCAGACACAGACGCAACCAGGACAAACCCAGCACACUCACCAAGUUCUGUGAGAGCAUGUGGAGGCUUAUAUUUUAUCUGUUCAUGUUUACCUAUGGGAUCUGCUUUCUGUGGAAGUGCCCAUGGAUGUGGGAUACACACCACUGCUGGUACAACUACCCCUACCAGGUCCUGACCCCAGGCCUGUACCACUACUACGUGACUGAGCUGGGUUUCUACUGGUCUCUCAUGUUCUCUCAGUUUACUGACAUCAAACGCAAGGACUUCCCCAUCAUGUUCAUUCAUCACCUAGCAACAGUGAGCCUGAUCAGUUUUUCCUACGCUAACAACAUGCUACGAGUCGGGAGCCUGGUGAUGUGUGUCCACGACGCAUCAGACUUCCUACUGGAGGCAGCCAAACUGACCAACUACGCCAAGUACCAGCGCCUGUGUGACUUCCUGUUCGUUCUGUUUGCAGUAGUCUUCUUCAUCACAAGGCUUGUCCUCUACCCUCUAUGGAUCCUGAACACAACAUUGUUUGAGAGCUGGGAGAUGAUUGGUCCAUACCCUUCCUGGUGGCUCUUCAACUCCCUACUGCUAGUGCUGCAGGUGCUACACAUCAUCUGGUCCUACCUCAUAGCCGGGAUCGCCUACAAGGCCUUGGUUCGAGGAAAGGUGGGUGGGAUGUGAAUGUACAGCUCUGACUCGGCCUUGACUUUUUCCACAUUUUGUUACGUUAC